AUGAAAAAUCUCAUUUUAAUACUUGUCAUCGUCGUUGUAAUCUUCAAUGAUGUCGUUUUUUCUGCUCCUUCUAAAAUGGAAAACACAGAAAACUUGGAAAGAAGGCAAACAUCGUGCAUACAAACAGAUUCAGGGGGGUUAUGCAAAUUCGCGCAAGCUGUUUGCGAAGGAACUAAUAAUGUUGAAUGUGGAAACGGUUAUUGCUGUCAACAAGGACAAAAUUGUAUGCUUGACGAGCCAAAAGACAGCACAGCCCAAAUAGAAAUAAAAGUGGCCACCAAGAAAUUGAACAGGCCUAAUGGUGAAAAUCCUGAAAAAAUUUGGUAA